CCUUGAUGCAGAAUGUUAAAGUACACCUGUUAUAAUGCGUAGAGACAGAAUUGGUCGACGAAGAAAUGGGAAUGGGCGCGUACGAGUGCCCGUUGUUGAAGCGCAACCACCAGAGAGACGACGCGGAAGGAGAAACCGUGCAGUUGCUGCACCAAGAAAUCAAGAUGUGGGGGCAAUUGCUGGUGAAGUACAGGUACAAGCACCUCUUCCUCUACAAAUCCAGGCUCCUCCUUUGCCAAUUGAAAGACAACCUGCCUUGCAAGGUCCUGUAGCACCAGCAAUGAACGUACAAGCGCCAUUUGCGCAAGUUGAAAUACCAGCUCCUGUGCCAAUGCCUAAUCAAAAUGCUUGUCUUAGUAAUGAAAUAUGGAUUAUUGGUUCUUCAAUAAUAUGCAGUGCUCGUGAUCACUCGGAGAACAGACCUUCAGGUAGUAAUUUAGGUCUUUUAAAAAAUAAUAAUUGUUUUUUGCGAUGGGCAGGCAAAUCUGGUAUGAAAUGGGACGAUGUUGUUGGCACAGUUAACAGCAUCAUUAAUUUAUGCAACAAAAUUCCACAUGCGUUGAUAUUGCAUUGUGGUGGGAAUGACAUAGGAAAUGUACCAUGUGGUGCUCUGCUAUAUCAUGUUAAAUUCACAAUAGUAAUUCUGUCUCGCAUGCUCCCAAAUUGUUCUCUUAUAUGGUCAAGCAUUCUUCCCAGGCGAUCAUGGCGUUACUCAAGUGAUGACCAUGCCAUGGAAGUUACAAGAAAGAGAAUAAAUAGGGGAGUGAGAUCUUAUAUACUCAAACAUGGAGGAUACGUUAUCAAAUAUCCCGAUUUUGAUGAUCGUCAUCCAGCGCUAUAUUCUGACGAUGGAGUACAUUUAUCUUUUAUUGGAAAUGAUAUUUUCUUGAAUCAAAUUCAGUCAGCACUAGAAACAUUCAUAAAGUAUCCACAUUGUGUUGUAUUUCCCCACGAUCAUCUUUAAUUUAAAAUAAACAGUUCAUAAUCUAAUGGAUUAAAUACAUGUAUUUUAUGAAAUUUGGUUGUUACAUAAAUGUUGAAUUCGUAAUAUCUUUUAUCAUUUUGAUUGUUUAAAUCAGUUGUAAGUUGAUCGUAGAAUUGGAGAUAACUGAAUUGUCAUGGGUAAAUUUUGUGGCGGAUUAUCAUUCUGUACUAAAGUCCGAUUGAUAAUUUUGGCGAAAUUUACUUCAUUUUAUGCAGACUAUGGAAAGCCCAGCUGCUAAUUCUGAAAUAUUGCUGAAUGGACCGCCCUUCAGUACACCAGCUUUGGAUCGCCCAGCUGUGAUAUAAUGAUUAGUUCAAUCGUCAUCAACAUUUUAUUGAUUGACAAAUAUUUUGGUUGUGUACUGUUGUUGUAACAGUUGUUGUUGUUUUAUGAAUGAAUUUUGAUUAAAUGUUGCCAUGACAAUUCAAUAUCCAAACAAAAUCAGUGUUUGUUAUUUGUUGUACUGAAAUACAAAUCAAGGCAUCAAUGGCGUCUGUUCGUCAAUUCUGUUUUGGUAAUUUACACCAAGUGGUAUGUU